CAUUUUAAUCUCAGCCAUGACAUAUAAAAGCUAAAAAUUGAUACUUUUAUUUCUCACAUUAAAAAAUACUCUCACUUAAUAUAUCUUAUAUGUAUUAGAUGUCACAUACUCUCAUCUCUCACAUUAAAAAAUAAUCUACACCGGAAUCUGAAACUAGACAAACAUGUCUCAACGAAUUGGGACAAAGCUAUUUGUCAGCAGACUCUCGUUUUAUACUACAAUGGAGCAAUUCAAGUCGAUGUUUUCACCAUUUGGAGUACUUACGGAAGCUACACUUGUAAUGGACCCAAAAAUUAAAAGGGCCAAAGGUUUUGGUUUUGUAUCUUACCGAUCAGAAAUUGAAGCGGAAAAGGCUAUGAAAUCAUUAAAUGGCACGAUAGUUAAUGGAAGGCUGAUUUUCGUUGAACCUGCAAAAUCAAAGGACUCGUGAUAUGUAAUGUUUGCCAUUCUCAAAUCUUAAGAUCAAUUCAAUUUUCAGAUGUCAAAUCACACACGAUCAAAGUACAUCCGCUCUAUGUUCUUGCUUAAAGCUCCUCUGUUUUAUUCUUCAAACAUCCAAUUUGGGACAUUAUACUGUACAAAUAUAUGAUUAUCCAUUUUGGAAAUUACAAUGCUAUAAUUAUUUUUGACUGCGGUUGCUUUAAAAAUUCAAAUAAUUUUUUGAACUUUUUGUUAUGCAAAGGUGAUUAAAAGUUGGAAUAA